CCCUGUGGGGCGAAGGAACAAGCCCUACCGACCACGACCUCACUCUGACCCUCACGGCCGCCGUUACUCUCCGUACCACAAACACCCAGUGGCUGCUAGACCUGACACCAUGGCCCCACGUACAUCCUCACCAAGCAAUCUGUGCAGCUCGAACCCUCGACCUCAGGGUCCUGGCUCCCUGCUGGUCUCUCCCAUCAGCUCCCCCCUCGACUCAAGCCUCAGACCAGUCAUCAGCCAUCCCUCCGGACUCUGCCACCGUCCUCUUCCCGGACCCCACCACAUCCCUCCUCCCCCACCCUUCAUGCCUCCCGUGUACCGACCAGACAACGGACACUCAGGCAUGAUGCCUCCUGGACCCCCACCGCCUAACGGACACCCGCCUGGUCCAAUGAUACCACCCGGACAUCGACCUCAACCUCCUGGUGCUUACGGUCCCUCUUCCCCACACAACCGGUACCUUCCUCCACCUUCUCACUAUGGACCGGUGCCUCCUCCAUUCGGACCCCCACAUACCUACGUGCACUAUGGACCACUUGAUCACUUCAUCCCACUCCGACACCUGCCCCCUGGGGUGGCCCCAUUCCCUCCUCAUGUCGGCCCCAAAGACUUCCCUGUGCAGCCACAGGUCCCACAUGUCCAUGACUCUUCAGUGGGCCCCCAGCCCGGCGCUGAACCCCAGGGCCAGGGGCAAGACUACAGCUCCCAGCAGGCAACAGCUGCCCCCCAUGACUCAGUCAGCUCUGCCAUGGCAGAGCCUUAGACACCUGCCAACCGUUAACGACCUGGCUACAUUUAAUCAACCACGAUUCAUCUCUUUAUUUUUUCCUUUUUGUUUUUAAUAGGCUGAAAAUAAAUAUCAUAUGAUAUACUUGCAAACAACAGAAGUAUCUAAAAAGUUAGUGUUCCUAUUAAAGCAUCAGAAAAUCAAUGUCUUAUGUUUCGUGUCUGAAAUGUAAUAACGACUUGAAGAGGAGUAGAACUGAGGCUUGUUACUCUGCAAGUCCUAUUGUGCAAUAACAUUUCUAUUGUAUGACUGAGGAUUUUAAGUUUUUGAAAGGGUAUUAUGUUGAUUUUGUAUUCAUUUCACAAUGUUAUCAUGGUUUCCUGUGGAAAUUAUUGAAAAUAAAUGGACCCCAAGCUUUUGGGUUGCUUGAUCGAUCAUUUCAGAAGUACCAUAUUAUCUUAACUCUUCCCCAAACUCUCUUCAGAAUGAACUGAAAAGGAAAGUUGUGUAAGUUGAAAGUCAAAGAUGUAUUUGCUGUUCUUUGGAUAUUUUAUUAAUAAAACUGGUAAAAGGUACUGCAGUUGUCUAUUGUUCAUAUGAAGCAUAUGACAACUUUUGUGAUCCAUUUUAGUUUGAAAGGAAAUGUCUGACAGUGCAUUUUGUUUUGUAUGGGUAGUUGUAUUACAUGUGAAAAGCCAGUAAUCACCCACUAACUGAACACCUGUCAUAUGACCUUCACAUUUGUUUCUUUUUUUGUUCUUAUGUUACAUCAGGGAUGCAUCACAUUUAUCUAUUUAUUUUCAAUAAAAAGAAAAUAA